GGUACAUACCUCCUCCAACCAAAGGUAUUUUAAAUACAGGACACACACAAAGCCGUAGCAGCUAAUAGGAUGGAGUCGGGGUGGGUAUUGUGUGCUGUUGUAUUUGCGUUGACCUGCAUGGGAAAAGGUGGCCAUUCACAGGCAAAUGUGUGUGGCAUUGCUUCUCUCAACACAAAGAUUGUCGGGGGUCAGGAUGCAGCUGCAGGGAGCUGGCCAUGGCAGGCCAGUCUGCACCGCUCCAACCGCCAUUUUUGUGGAGGCUCCCUUAUCAACAAAGAGUGGGUGCUGACUGCCGCUCACUGCUUCCCCAGCACCAGCACGUCCGGCCUGCUUGUCUACCUGGGCCGGCAGAAUCAGCAAAGCAUCAACUCCAAUGAGGUAUCCCAAACGGUCUCUCAGAUCAUCUGCAACCCGAACUACAACAGUGCAACCAGCGACAAUGAUAUAUGUUUGCUGAAGCUCUCAUCACCUGUCACCUUCACUGACUACAUCCAGCCGGUCUGCCUUGCAGCAGAGGACAGCACCUACUACACUGGCACUAAUAGCUGGGUCACCGGAUGGGGCGAUAUCAAUAGUGAUGUGCCCCUUCCCUCACCCGGGACCCUACAGGAGGUGACUGUGCCGGUAGUGGGGAACAGGAAGUGUAACUGUCUCUAUACUGGAUUUAGUUCAAUCACAAACAACAUGAUCUGUGCUGGUCUACUGAGUGGAGGAAAGGAUUCCUGUCAGGGAGACUCCGGGGGGCCAAUGGUGAGCAAACAGGGUCUGGUCUGGAUCCAGUCUGGGGUUGUUAGUUUCGGACAAGGCUGUGCCGUAGCAAAUUUCCCAGGAGUGUACACCAGAGUGUCCCAGUACCAGACCUGGAUCAACAGCCAGAUCAGCACUGACAUGCCAGGCUUCGUCACCUUCUCCUCCAGUGGGACUGACUCUGAUCUCAAUGUCACCUGUAAUGCACUGUCCAGUGGGGCCACACUCUUCUCCCUCUCUCUUAUUCUCAUCUCUCUCGCUCUUCUAAUAGAUGCUUAACUUUACUCACUGUAUGUGAUAAGUACUGGAGUAGUAUGUUUAUACGCUGAACCAAAAGUGAUGGUUUUAUUUUAAUAUGAAUCUACUAAUACUUGUUGAUUGUGAUUGUUAAUGGAAUUUGUGUUUAAAUGAAUGAUUUGAGUAUUCAACCCUGAAACCAUAAAAUUGUAUGAAAUUGA